AUGGCUCUGAUGGAUGCCGGAGACUGGAGGGAUCAAACUAAUGAAUGCAAUCCCAGUCGGAAUUAUAGCGAAUCGAUGAUAGGGGAUAGUUGUGGGGAUUGUUCUGGAAAUAGUGGCUCGAGGGGGGGCCGCAAAAUUUGUCGUUGGGGAAGGAAAGGGGCGAGAUUCUCCGUGGAGGUGGGUCUAGUCUCAUUAAUCCCAGAGCAAUCCCAUGAACCAUUGGGUCUUAAUACUAAUGGAUUGGAACUUCAAUCAAUGAAGUGUGUACUAGGGGUGGCUCCAUCCUACUUGAUAAAUCAAUCAAGAAG